UCAGACUUGCAUUUGGAGAUAAACAGUUUGGAAUAGGGGUUGUAAACUACUAAAAGGCAUGAAUAAUUGUUGCCAAAACUCAGUUAGCCUCUCUGAAGUGUCUGACAUCAUGAAGAGGGAUUUCAUUCUUCUUUCUUGGAACAAGUUGGAUUUGCACUAUCAAAUACAAAUAUAAAAAGGCUGUUAUGAAAAGAAACAGGACUAUGUCAUAGUAGCAGAGAAGGUUACUCGAUAAUAAAAGCGGCGUGAAAGAUUCUCGCUUUCGCCAAGCAUGAAUUCUUCUCAGGAAUUUAAUCCAAGUGGAAUUUUCGAGUUUAACAAACCAGACAAUCCUCUCUACUACAACGGUGUCAACAUCAACAGCGCUCUUAAGCAAAGUUUGACCAUUGGAACUUCCCCGUGCCGUACAUCGUGCUUUCCGCAAAGUCGUGAUUCACUCGAAUCGAACGGAAGUGUUUACGAAGCUGUGUCGAUCGGAGAGACCAGUUUUGGCGGGAGUUUUGGUCACGACGAAACGGAUGGAAGCAUUUUUGGCGGGAAGCCUCCUUCCUAUGCGGCUGACGAUGCCCAAGUGGUUCCUGAUUUCAAUGAAAUUUUAGAAACAAUUCAUGUUGACUUGGAUAAAAGUAAUGCUCAAUCCGUACAGUUUAUCACCGACCAUGAAGCUUCCACGGAUGCUCGCGGUCCUCAAUGUAGAAACUUUGACAGAUCUCUUCUUAAAAGGAGGAACUCUGAGCGUGACGAAUUAGAGAUUUAUUUUCCCUGCGUUCUAACGCCGAUCCCCGUUGAUCGUCUGUACAGCACUCUUGUUGACGAUUCAACCGUAUUUAAGUUUCCAACAACUUCAGAUGAAUUCUUACCCGAGCAUAAAGACAGUGGUGGCUUGAUAACUCGGGCACAAAAUUUCAGUUAUUCCAUUCCCAUGGCAGAAGGCGAAAAUAGUUUAGAAUCGUUUGGGAAUUUUAACGUGUUCUCAAAACUCCACGGGAGUCAUGAAGAGUUUGACUUAUCUGCUAAUACGUUUGAACUACCCGCGGAGACUUUCAGGGUAAAAAAUCAUCCUGAUUCGUGUAAUUUAUUCGGGGGAAAAGAUUACAAUUCAAUGAACGGAGAUUUUUGUUACGACGGUAUUGGAUCACAACAUUUGAUUGAAAAGGAUACACCGGUAUCACUGUCCGUCACGACAGCAGAAAAUAACUACAAUCUUCAGAAGUCCUUAAAUAACACUUUUUUGCCGAAGGCGGUAAAUAUUGAAGAUGGAAAUUACGUUUCGAAGGCUUCUAUUCCGCUUUCAGGGUGUCUGACCUUUUAUGGAACCUUACCAUUUCAAUUAAACUCUUCCACGCUCGUCGAAAACUUCGCCAAAUUUCCGCCGACUGUGGCAGAGAAUACAGCUCUUUCCCUUAGUCGCAUUUCGUCGGAAGAAAACUUUACAAACAGUUCUUUUGAUCACAACCCUGCAAAAGAACUUCCCUCGAAAAAGCAGGUAGAAGUUAAAAGUAGCGAUGAAGCUUCUCAACUCAGUCUAGCGGAGAAUUUAAAUUUUAGCGAUGGAGUAUUUUCGGAACAGGAUUCCAGUCUGUACAGCUUGCAAAAUCAGAUAUGGAAGAGCACCCCGAGAAGAGAACGAGAACUGGAGCGUAAUCCAAGGAAUAGAAACGCUGAAAUGAAGACAACGGCUUCUCCAGAAACUGCAAGCUCGGCGUUUUUUAUACAGAAUAGUGGAAGACUGAAGGACAGCCGCAGAUCAAAGCGUACCAAGAAAAAGGGCAAUCUUCAGGGAGAAACACGCGACUUUCACAACGAUAUGGAAAAACAGAGGAGAACCAACAUGAAAACACGCUUUCAGAAUCUUCGCCUUACCUUGCCAGAGCUGAUAGACAACGACAAAGCUUCAAAAAUUGUCAUAUUGCAGAAGGCAUUCAAGUACAUUAUCCUGUUAGAACAGGAAUCGAUAGAGCUUGAAAACAGAAAAAAAUCUGAAAGGCAAAGAAAUAUAGAUCUUUUAGAUAAGCUACAAAAAAUAACUUCAGGAAAUUAGUUGACAAAAAAUUGUGCGAGAAGAAUUUUAUUUAUCGUUCGACUCUACUUCCGUUGUAUUUUAAUGCAAACUUAAAAACAUUGGGCAGUUUGAUUGGUACUAAAACUUUUGUCAUUUCCCUCGCCAUUUCGCUUGGAAAUUGCCGUUAACCUACGUAAGUCAUUUAUUAGUGACUACCUUUUAACAAGAUUUCCGCUUCGCGGAGGUGUUGCUUCUCUGAUUUCCUUUUUUCUUCUUGUUUUAAUGUACAAUCAUUAAACUAAGUGUCAUCGGUUAUGAAUUUCUUCUCAUGUUAGUAAUAUAGCGUCAAGUACAUCAGUGUGACAAAGUAGAAAGUUACUCUCAAAGGAAGCUGUGUGAUUUAGCUCCCAAUUCUCCUAACUGCCAUUACAAGGAUACGUAUCAUGAUGGCUUGGGAGAAGUUCCGUCUUGUGGUGAUGUCCAUGGUCUUUAAGUCUGACAGUAAUCAUUUUGUAUUUUUUCCUAUAACUUAAAGCUUUUGCUUGUCGUUGGAAGUUGUGUUGCUAAGGCCUACUCGACUGAAAUAGUGAAUUAGAAAAAGGGAAGUAAAAUCUGUUUAGGCAAAAAAAGUAGUGGUUAUUUUUCACCUGUCGUGUUGAUCCCCUGGCGAGUACCAAGGCUGUGUUGUUUUCAUUUCCCUCGAUUUGUAAAAAUAUUAUUAUUGUUGCAUGGUAUCAUUUAACCGAACUUUCAUAGUAUCAUUUGAGCGAACUGUUCGACUAUUCUUAAUUUUUGGAAAGUAAUGUUAUUGUUCGAUUUGUAUCCCUUGCAAGACAUGCAACCUCUGAUCCUUUCACGCUCAUUUCGUGCAAAAAUUGUCCCGCUAAGAUCAUGUUAUUUAACUAAUGUGAAGUCUACCAGAAUCUAAAGGUUGUCGGAAGAUGCCAUUAUUUUGUUUGUGCGCUUCAAAAUAAAAGCUCUGGCACUAACAAAGCCCCUUUCACUAGUUCGAUCGGCCCCUUUGACAAUCUCUCUGGUGGACCGGAGGUGGACAUUCUC